UCACUCAGUCAGCGGUAACAAACUGAACAUUACGCGCAUUCUUCCUUGAGAGUCGCUCAUCUGGUAGAUACUCACUGCAAUAUAGGAUCGACAUAAUACUCGAGAUUAGUGCUAGGCUGCUGCAUUGCACCGACGCGCCGAAAAGGGGAGCUAUCAACGAUCAAAGGAGCUUCACCUCGACGUGAGAGCGCAAACUACAUUCUUCGUUCCUUUUUCAUUAUCGGAAGUGCGCACCGUCGCAUGAUCUCAGGUCGCUGGAGUCAUUGUAACACGGGAGACGCACUGCGCGCAAGCUGUACUGGGAGCAGAAGAGCAAGCACAGGAGUCAGGCUGAGGUUACACAUCACAUCUUUUCCACACACAUCCUGUACCUUUUACACAUCCGCAUCUGCCAGGGGCGAUCGGACUGUCACAUUCUGCGCAUAAGCUGUCUUUCUGGACUUUGUUACUACGCCCGACAGCGGCACUCAUAUACAGAGCUUCUUGUACUUUGGCCUAGAGCAUUGGCCCAUCAAGUAUCUACAAGCCAAUCAAAGACAAAAUCCUGGAACAUACAAUCACCACUCACUGCAGGUCUCACUUGAUUUGAAACAGCAGCAAUGGCCGACGACGACAAUUUCGAUAUCGACAUCUACGGCGAUGACUCCUACCAAGACACCAACGCGCAACAAGACACAGCCGUUUCCGACGCGAAUACCUCGAACGCGAAUACAAACGGUGGUGAAUCUUCAGACUCGACGAACAUGAAGACUGAAGGGGAUCAGGCGGCCAAACAAGAGCCCUCAGGUGAUGCCUCCAUGAAUGGUGACACACCCCAGGAGCACAGCACACAGCAGAUCGCCAGCACGGGUGGCUCGACAGGCAACCAUGAGGUUCACAAACAGGCACCACAGAAGCAAGGGACGAAGCGCAAGCAGGGUGAGGAUGACGACCGUCCAACAGACCCUGGAGCCACAGCAGCAUUGAUGAUCAACGAUGUAAAUUGGUGGGUCAGUGAAGAAGAUAUUCGAGGCUGGGCCAACCAGAGCGGAUGCGAAGACGAGUUGAAUGAGGUGACGUUCAACGAGCACAAAGUCAACGGCAAGAGCAAAGGACAAGUCUACGUUCAAUUGCAAUCGCCACAGGCUGCGACCGCGCUCAAGCACCAGAUCGACAACCUGUUCAAGGAUCAAGCACACGCGAAGAAGCCUACCGCAAUAUUCAAUCCUCCUCAACACAAUCCAUUCAAGACGUUACCGAAGGAUGUUCCAGCACGCGAUAAGGGAAGAAGCGACCGCGGUUCGUCUGGUGGCUAUGGUGGCCAGACCGGUGGCUACAACAACAACCGAGGUGGCUAUAAUCGAGGCAACUACAACAACAGGGGUGGCAACAUGGGUUACAACAACAACCGUAACUUCUCUGGUCCUGCUGGCGGCAACAUGGCUGGCGGCAUGGGAUUCGGUGGCCAACCUCCUAUGAACAAUUUUGGUGGUAACCCAAUGGGCGGCGGUAUGAACAAUUUUGGUGGCGGCUUCCGCGGUGGCAUGAUGAACAACAACAUGCGAGGCGGCGGUAUGGGCGGUCGAGGCGGCCGUGGUGGCAUGGGUGGGAUGAACAAUAUGGGCGGUAUGGGAAUGAACAUGCCCAUGGCUAACAACAUGAUGGCCAUGGGAGGCGGUAUGAUGGGCGGUAUGGCCAACAACAUGGGCGGCAUGAUGGGAGGCAUGGGCGGUGGCUUCAAUAACCAGGCAGGCUUCCAACCACAAUUCUUCGGUCAGCCACAAUCACAACAAGGGGGUGGUGGCGACUGGGCCAACAACCCUCACGGUGCUAAGCGGGCCCGACCAGAGUAGAAGAAAGGGACUCGUUGAGAAGUCCCGGCGACCACUAUACCGUCCCGUCCCUGGUACUCGACAUCCCUUGGCCAUCUUCGCUACAUGAUCUCUUCGUUGAGAUGAAAAUACUUCAUUCUGCUUGUCAUAUUCAAUCUCGUUCGGCGUUCUCACGCGUAUGGGACAUCUCUUAGGGAAUGAAACUUGUUCGCUCAUGUCUUAUUAUUUUCUAUGAUCUCUCCGGCGCACGUUUUCUGGUCUUUUGGUUGGGGAUUUCAAGUAAUUAUCAGGUACUUAUUUGGGAAUUUUUGGA